ACCGCCUCCUCCGCUCCCGACGCCUGAGCUGCCUCCUCCCCCUCUCCAUCCAUCCCUCCCUCCUCCAGCACCGGCUGCCAUCCUCUCUCCCUCCAUCUCUGUCCGGCUCCCACCCCGCAGCCCUUACGGGACCUCCAUGCCCACACCAUGAUGACAGGCAUCGCCGCCGCCUCCUUCUUCUCCAACGCCUGCCGCUUCGGAGGCUGCGGACUUCACUUCACUACCCUGGCCGAGCUUAUCGAGCACAUCGAGGACAACCACAUCGACACGGAUCCGCGUGUGCUGGAGAAGCAGGAGCUACAACAACCAACAUAUGUGGCUUUGAGUUACAUCAACAGAUUUAUGACCGAUGCAGCGCGACGUGAACAGGAAACCCUAAAGAAAAAAAUCCAGCCAAAGCUCUCCCUGACAUUGUCAAGUUCCGUGUCCCGUGGGAACAUCUCCACUCCCCCUCGCCAUGGAAGUGGCAGCCUUACCCCGCCAGUCACACCACCUAUCACUCCAUCAUCAUCAUUUCGCAGUAGCACCCCCACAGGAAGUGAAUAUGAUGAAGAAGAGGUAGACUACGAAGAGUCAGACAGUGAUGAGUCGUGGACAACAGAGAGUGCCAUUAGUUCUGAGGCUAUCCUCAGCUCCAUGUGCAUGAAUGGAGGAGACGAAAAGCCAUUUGCCUGCCCUGUUCCUGGAUGUAAAAAGAGAUAUAAAAAUGUAAACGGUAUUAAGUACCAUGCCAAGAACGGCCACAGAACACAAAUACGAGUCCGUAAACCUUUCAAAUGCCGCUGCGGAAAGAGUUACAAGACCGCUCAGGGUCUCCGGCACCACACAAUCAAUUUCCAUCCUCCUGUCUCCGCUGAGAUUAUCAGGAAGAUGCAGCAAUAAAAGCUGAAGCUGUGCCAAGAAAACCUCACCAGCAGAAGCUGAUUUUGAAAACAGCCACCCUUCUUUUUGAUUUUAUUUUUUUUUUUGUAAAGAAAAAAAAAAAGAAUUUCUGUUGUAUUUCAGGGGAAGCACUCAAGUCCUACGAAACCCGAGUUUCAGUGCAUGCUUUAAUCAAAGAAUUCCAGUUCUUUGGAAUGGUGUCUGUUCAUAUAAGUAAUUCUUUUGUACAUUUGCACAUUUCUGAUCACCAUACCCAUUAGAUUUUUGAGAAGGUGCUAAAAAAAAAAACAUUAAAGACAAGGCGUACGCUUUGUAAGGGGGGAAACAAUUGUUGCCUUGUCCCCACAACAGACAUAAACCCUUACAGUACCGAGCAAGAGAGGGCAAAACGGU